CUAAUUUCAAGUCCACGCACUAGCGGGCUAGGCCUCAGGCCGAGACGAUAGCCCGGAGCCCAUAAACUAAUAAUAAGGCCCAUAAAAAUAUCGCCAGGGUUUUACGAUGAAAUAAAUAGCUGGCUAGGGUUUCCACGCUAUAAAAUUUUCAGCAUCGAGAAUUAGGAGAGUGUUGUUGAGGCGGCAGUGGAACUCGCUAAGCUUGAUCGAUAGAGAAAGGACUCGCAGGAGCUAAUCACCAAGAGCCAGGAAAAAAAAAAUGUCAGGAGAAGAAGUUGCAGUCGAACAGCCUGAGGCUGUUGCAGCCCCUGUUGCCCCUGCUGUGGGCGAGCCUAUGGAUUUGAUGUCAGGCUUGCAGCUGGUGCUGAAGAAGUCUCUUGCACAUGGUGGUCUUUCAAGGGGACUUCAUGAGGCUGCCAAAGUGAUUGAGAAGCACGCCGCUCAGCUUUGCGUGUUGGCCGAGGACUGCAACCAAGCUGACUAUGUCAAGUUGGUGAAGGCUCUCUGCGCUGACCACAACGUUAACUUGGUGACUGUGCCUAGUGCCAAGACCCUUGGCGAAUGGGCCGGGCUCUGCAAAAUUGAUUCAGAGGGCAAUGCAAGGAAAGUUGUUGGAUGCUCAUGCGUUGUUGUCAGGGAUUAUGGCGAGGAAAGCGAGGGCCUCAACGUUGUUCAAGAGCAUUUGAAAUCCAACUAGAUGGCACUUGAUGGAAGAGCGUAAUGAUUCUACAGGAGCCUGCACCGAGCUGUUUUUAUCCGUUGUUGCUAUGAAGUUAGAGUAAAGACCCUAUCUUAGAUUAUGCCUCUGAACUUUGUUCUCUUGUCUCGAAUUUUUAUUUUUGGUUUCUGGUGUAUGCUACUGUGUUACUUGGAAGCAAGAGUAUCAAGCGUUUUUGGUGGUUGAAGAUUGGUUGACUUUUAAACUCCAAGCUGUUUCGAGAGCUUCCUGGUAAAUUUUGUUGAACCUAUGAAUUUUAUGUUGUUGGUUACAAGGCCAACUUGGCAAGUAUUUGAUUGGUGGUUACUGCCUCGUUAUAAUGCAAACUGCCAGUAGCCGUCGUUGCGGUUAAGGGACUUGUGGGUAUAAUUGGAUAAUAGUGGGUUAUUUGGUUGG